CGCUGUCGCUGGUUCGGAAGUACAUAAUGUUCUCCUAGCCGAUUAUCAGCCAUGGCAGCUGUUCUCGUGCAAGGAAGUCAGCCAGCUGCGCAGAACAUGUUAUAGUACACAAGCAUUGGCGCAGACACAGGUGCACUCAAUAUUCCUUCACUCUCAUAGCGCGAUGGGACAGCAAACCGACUGGAGCUAAGAGAAAUCAAGCGCAUACAGUUUGAAUUUUGAGCUAGUUGUUGGUGGACGUGCUGUCGACUUUAGCAGUUGCCCGGAGUUGCUUGCUUUUAAUUUGCUUUUUAAAUUAUCGGUACCUCUCUUACUAUCUUGCGUGAAGUGCCGUAUAUUGUCUGCGCCAUCUUGAGAACCGUAGAGCGCUGUCCCUGUCACCUGGUUGUUCGUCGAAGUGUUUCGAAGAAAUUUUUGAGUUGAAAGGUGUUGCACAUCGCGGGGCGCGAACCGGCGGCCGAGCGUGCGCGGCGAGUGAGGGAGCCCACUUGACCACUGAGCCAACUGUGCGUGAGUUUUGCGGUGCGAAUUUCUGCACUGCUAUCUGUUAUAUUGCGCUUGCUGCUACAUUUUUAACAUUUAAAAUCUUUCAUUUUGUUAUUAUUAACACCAACAUGAUGCGUUCACCGGAUAGCAAAAUGAGCAAAUCGAACCCUGACUUGUGCACGGAUAAUGUACCUGGUACUAAUGUCACCCUGAGAAGCGGAAAACGGAAGCAGCCUGACUGUGAGGCAGAUGUUACUCAGGCGAUUGCCUUGUUGUCUGAUAAGUUGACGAAGAAUAUUGGCGAUCUCCGAGUUGAUAUGAAUAACCAGUUCACGACCAUUACUGCGAAUAUUAACAACCUUCGGGAAGAAUUCAAUACAUUGUCGCUCAUUUCGGCCCAAAUUCAAAACGACAUUAAGGAACUUCGUGCAGAAUAUCUCGUUAUUAAAAAAGAUAUGUCGCAAUUUGACACAAAACAUAAAGAAUUGUCACAGACUGUCACGGAGUUGAAGUCUACAGUUAAUUUUAACUCAGAUAACUAUGCGGAUUGUGAAAAACGUCUGACGGUGCUGGAACGACAUGUGAAUAACUCGGCAGCCUCGACUGUUGAAUUAUUGGAAAGAAAGAUCGAUUCUCUGGAGCAACAGGCAAGACAGUGUAACGUAGAGAUAGGAAAUAUGCCAGAAAAACGCGGUGAGAAUUUAAUUACUGUACUUCAAUCAAUUGGUUCAGCACUCAACAUGUCCUUGACGUCGAAGGAUAUAAUAUCCAUUCACCGGGUCCCACAUGCACAUCCACAAAAUAAUCGUCCGAAGAAUGUAAUAGUUAAAUUUACAUCUAAACUUAUGCGUGACAAUGUCCUCAGUGCAUACCGGUUAUCUAAAGGUCUGACUUCGGAUCGCAUAGGCCUCACUGGUGCACCUUGUCGUAUUUAUAUGAACGAGCACCUAACGCUGCGCAACAAGGAGUUAUUUCGAAAAUGUCGUGAAGCCGCUAAGUCAAACAAAUUCAAAUUCGUGUGGGUCAGGAAUGCAACGGUCUUGGUUAAGGAAUCUGAAGACUCCUCUACGUACGCCAUACGUUCGGAAGAGGACAUAUCCAAGAAGAUUAAGCCAAAUCCCAUACCUACAACUACGGCUGCUGAACAAACCCGUUAAUCGUAUUCAGUCACUUGUCGCAUUUUCUAAUUUUGCAUUGAAUGGUUCACUUUUUACUUUAAUAUUCCAUGUAGCAAAUUUUAAAUGGUUUACAACAAUAAUUAAGUGCCGGUCAACUAGUAGCAUUAAGUACUUAUUUUUUGGUUGCCUUCAUAUGUUGUACACGUUUAUCGCUCUAUUUUCAAACUUAGUUGCUUUAUUUACUCUUAAUUUUUGUAAACAAGUACGGUGCGUCUUAAACGUAUGCUUAAAUUUCUGUUUAAAAUAUUCUAAUUUAACACUUA